CUAGUUUUCAAGCUCCUUAAUCACUUCUCUUCCUUUUGCACACUUGCUUCUUAGUUCAAUUGUUCUUUCUUUCUUUCUUGAGUUUGUGAAAAUGGAGAAAGUGUCGAUGUUGUCCAAACAAAAGCCAGUGGUGAUCUUCAGCAAGAGCUCUUGUUGCAUGAGCCACACUCUCAAGACUCUCAUCUGCAACUACGGGGCCAACCCUUUGAUCUACGAGCUUGAUGAGGACCCAAAAGGACGGGAAUUAGAAAACUCACUCAUGAGGCUAGGGUGUAACCCAGUCGUUCCAGUUGUUUUCAUAGGCGGACAAUUGAUUGGGGGAGCGAAUGAAGUCAUGGAGCGUCAGAUGAAUGGUACUCUCAAAAAUAUGCUCAUCCAAGCAAAUGCAAUAUGGGUUUAAUACUCAAUUACGUGGCUUUAAUACCAUGUUAAAAAAUAAAAUUUAAAUACCAAUUUUUACUUUGGUAGUAUAAUA